GGCCGCUUCCGGUCGACGAGGACACGUCACUCAUUCGACUGAGGAAGAGGAUUUGUGCAAGCCUCGCUCAUUGACAUAUUUUGUAUAAACCAGACGGUAAAACCAUGUCGAAUUCAGUCAUAUCGGUGAUCUCCCGGUUUCUAGAGGAGUACACCUCCACGACGCCCAACAAGCUGAAAGUGGUGGAUGCAUAUUUGCUGUACAUCUUGUUGACAGGAGCGCUGCAGUUCCUUUACUGUCUGCUCGUCGGCACCUUCCCCUUCAAUAGCUUUUUGUCGGGCUUCAUCUCAUGUGUGGGCUCUUUCAUCCUCGCGGUGUGUCUUCGUAUCCAGAUCAACCCACAGAACAAGGGAGACUUCCUGUCUAUCUCUCCAGAGAGAGCCUUCGCUGACUUCCUGUUUGCUCACACUGUCCUCCAUCUGGUUGUGAUGAACUUCAUUGGUUGAAACAGAUUCAGAUCCAACAGACAGUGCCCAACCUCUCAGAAGAUCACAACAAGAGAAGUUAUCAAAACUCCCCCUCAAGACAUGAUGCUGUAUCUGCUUUGGUGCCACCUUCAACACUGAAUUGAUUGCAUCUUGUCACAUGUGAUGCAGUACAGUUUUCUUACUGAUAAAAUGGUUAAUUUCUUCUCUUUUUUUUAAUGUAAAAAAUUUGUAAAGCAUUCCCUUUUUGCACUGAGACAAAGAAAUAAAACCAACUGAAAUGGUGA